AUGUCUGUUGUGGAGUACCAUAAACUUGCGUCUUCUGCCAAAUACUGUACACCUCCACACUUCGAUUUUGAAGAUUUGGAGAGGAAAUACUGGAAGAACAUUACAUAUAAUCCGCCCAUUUAUGGAGCAGAUGUCAGCGGAACCUUAACUGAUGGGACUGUUGACGAAUGGAACAUAAAUCGACUUGGUACAAUACUUGAUUAUGUUAAUGAAGAUUAUGGGAUUUCAAUUGAAGGAGUAAAUACUGCUUACUUGUACUUUGGAAUGUGGAAAACAACAUUUGCUUGGCAUACUGAGGAUAUGGAUUUGUACAGUAUAAAUUAUUUACACUUUGGUGCUCCAAAAACCUGGUAA